AUGGGAAGUACGCGAACAACGGCAUCUUGCCAAAUUAUCACCGGCUCCUCGCCUGCGCGAGGUCGAAUGUACAGCGUCGCCCCAGGCAAUACGCGGUCAGCAACCAAGAGAAAGCGAGACGCCGAUGAUGACAUCAAAUUUUUGGCGACUCCGGUGAAAAAUGCGCGCAGACGAGUGAAUCCCACCUCUGCAGCCUCAGCAGGCUCUACCGAGGUGAUCGACUUGACAGCAGACUCACCCGCCACGACCCCGACCAAGAAGACUCGAAGCCCCAAGAAGCGCCUUCCUGGCCAGCCAGCCCCCGAGCGACGCGCUAGGCCGUUCCGAUUUGGCUUGGCUGUACCCCUUUUCGUGCGAUGCUCACUAACCCGGCCAUUGAGCAGGAUGUGUGUCGUGGAACAUUGUGUCACCGAGGUCGAUGAUGCGCCCGAAGUCGUGUUUACAAUGGCGGGGACGACUGGAAAUCUGUAUAAGGUUGUUAUUGGGAAGGUGCCUUCCUGCGAUUGUCCGGAUGGAGUCCUAAUAAACGCUCUUAAAGCCCCGGCACAUCUACAGUAUCAGCUGGCAUUCUUAUCCUCGGAACUCCGCGAAAUGUACCAGUCAUCACCCCUCAGCAGCCAAAAAGAACAAUCGGAGGACAACAACGGCAAGCGCAAGCCCAUCGAAGGAGACUGUCCCAUCUGCUUCAUGGAACUCGAGCCAGAGAAAGACGAGAUUGUCUGGUGCCGCGCAGCAUGCGGGAAUAACGUCCACAAGGCAUGUUUCCGGCAAUGGGCUGCAACGCAGAACGCGCAGGGCGUUCGUUGUGUUUACUGCCGUUCUGCAUGGGAGACCGGUAGUAGCGAACUGGAUCUGAAACAGCUCACCAAGGACGGAUACGUCAACGAAGAAGGUUAUGUCAAUGUGGGGCAUCUGCUCGGCAUGCCGGGCGAACGCGGUACGAGGCCGUCCCUGUACUUGUCCCCUUAG